AUGGGGAGAAAACUAGAUCUUUCUGGCUUGACUGAUGAAGAAGCAGAGCAUGUGCUUCAGGUGGUUCAGCGAGAUUUCAGCCUCCGGAAGAAAGAAGAAGAAAGGCUGAGUGAAAUGAAGCAGAAGCUGGAUGAAGAGGGUAACAAGUGCAGCAUCCUUUCCAAGCAGCAGAAGUUCAACGAGCACUGCUGCAUUCGCUGCUGCUCCCCCUUCACCUUCCUCAUCAACAGCAAGAGACAGUGCCAGGACUGCAAGUACAACAUCUGCAAGAGCUGCAGCUCUUACCAGAAGAAGGAGAAGGCUUGGAUUUGCAGUGUCUGCCAGCAAGCAAGGCUGCUAAGGACCCAGUCUCUGGAUUGGUACUACAAUAAUGUCAAAAGCCGCUUCAAGUGUUUUGGAAGUGCCAAAGUCCUGAAGAACUUGUACAGGAAGCACCGGCUGGAGAGCGGAGCGUGUCUGGAUGCACUAGCAGAGGGAGGCUUUUCUGAAGGAAGCUUUGAAAAUGAAGGAAGCAUUUGUGGCAGUGACUCCACAUUCUACCAGCAGACAGAAGGACACAGUAUGAUGGAUACCCUUGCUGUGGCCUUACGUGUUGCAGAGGAAGCAGUGGAAGAAGCUAUUUCUAAGGCAGAGACCUACAGUGACAGCCUGGACAAGCAGAACGAGGCCUGUUACUUGCAGGAACACAAGGAGGACCUCAUAGAAGAGCUGGCUGCAACCAUUGUGCAGAAGAUUAUAAAGAAGCAGAAGAGCAAGGCCGAGCAGGCUGAGGCUGACUUUGAAUGGCCGGCGUCACGCAGCAGCGGGCUGCCGUCAGUCGCCGUCUCAGACCAGAGCAUGCUGACGUUUCCAGGGAGCCGCAGGGGCUCCUACACCUUGUGGAGGUCUCAGUCUGCGUUCUCCCUGGCUGGUGAAGAGACACCCAGCAAAGGACAAGAGCCUGCAUCAUCUGUGGCUGAGGCUCUCUGGAAGCACCAGAAAGGACAAUUCAGGAAGCAGAAGGAACACAAGCUCUCUGCAUUGCCCAGCUGGAAGAGUGUGGACAGACUAAAUGAAACAAAUCCACCUUCCAUGUUCCAAAGCACCGAUGGGAACUGGGUAGCUCUGCAGAACGUUGCUUUGCCUCGUCCCCGGAUGCUGGCCAAACCAAAGAGUCAGGUGUUCAAAGCCCUGGAGAGUGAGUCCAGCAUUGUGUCUGCUUAUGACGAGAUGGGCUCAGACAGCGAGGAUGACUACGACUGGAACGUGGCCUUGAACAAGCUGCGCCGCAGACCUCGCCACUCGCCGGACGAUUUCUAUGACAGCAACUCCCAGUAUGGUCCUGACUGGCCUUAUGGCAACGACCAAUACCAGGCAGUGACCUCCCCUUCCUCUGGGUUAUACACCAACACUGAGACACUGUUCUCUGACUCAGAAACUUCCUCGGUAAACUCUUCCCAGGAAGCUAAAGGACCUAGUAAACUUCUCUGGUUACAAAGCAGAACUCAAAGUGAUGUGCCCAGGAUGGAAAAAAAACAUUUCCAUGGAGAGCUGGAUGUAAAUUUCAAUCCACAGGCAACCAGCUUGGAGUAUUCCGACAGCAGUGAGACUGAGGAAGUGCAGUAUGAUGUAGAAAAGAGAUCGAGAAGGUGGAGGAAGAACAAAGAGCUCUCUGAAGAACCAGGUGAAGACAAAAAUCUUACAAAAGCCAACACAAUGAAUUUGAGUCAGGAUUUUGAUGAUUUAUCAGAAACGGAUUUAAGCAGUGAGGAUCAGCAUCAGAAUGCCAAGCCUGACCUUAUGGAGGAGGAGCUUAAAUCCAGGUUAUUUCACAUUGCUGCUAAAAUGAGUGACAAGGAAACCUCUUCUGGUGAAGAGCAAGAGUCAGAACCUAGAACAGACCCCGAAAACCAGAAGGAGACUUUGUCUUCGGAGGAAAAUGGCAGAAGCAUUCAGGAAGAGUUAAAGAAGGAAAAACAAAAGGCUUUUGAUCUUCAUUUAAAGCUGCAGUUUUUAUCCACUGUAUUGCAGCAGAAGUACUCUGCUGUCUCUCUCUGCAACAUAUCUACAGAAGUCCUGAAAGUCAUCAAUGCCACCGAGGAGCUGAUAGCAGAAUCCACCAGUCCCUGUGAUUUGCCAGCUGACGUUCAGGAGAGAGGGAGCUUCCCCCUGGGGACAGACCCCGCCAGACUCGAUGAGCAGCUCACCACACUGGAAGAAAAUGUGUACCUGACAGCCAGCACAGUGUACGGGCUGGAGGGGCAGCUGAGCAGCCUGGAGGACGCCGCACGCAAGAUCAACAGCGUGACCGGGGAGUCCGAGCUGGCUGACCUGGAGGACCAGGUGGCCACAGCUGCUGCCCAGGUUCAUCAUGCAGAGCUCCAGAUUUCAGAUAUUGAGAGCAGAAUAUCAGCUCUCACUGUUGCAGGCUUGAAUGUGGCUCCCUGUGUUCGCCUGACCAGGAAACGGGAUCAAAAGCAAACAAACCAGAUGCACACCAUAGACACAUCAAGGCAGCAGAGGAGAAAGCUUCCAGCUCCACCCGUAAAAGGUGAGAAAAUAGAUGAGUCCCCAGUGACCACCGUCAGGACGUUUAACAGGAACUUCAUGCUUCAAGGAUCCCUAACACAAAGAACUAAAGAGAGGAAAAGCACUGCCAAGGAUUUAAUGGAACCUGCUCUAGGAUCUGCUGUGAUGUACUAA